AGGAUAUGUGACUUGAUCAAGGUGCACUUCCCAGAGUGGGUGGGGCAAGGCAGAACUGCAAGGUGCCACAGGGACUCUCACAGGCCAAGCAAGAGAAAGACUGAAGGGGAACAGAGGGAGAAGGUGGAUGAUUUUAACUAAAGGUUCUUUUUGCCUGGCACGUGACACAUUUGGAAAUGAUGAAUUUGGUUCCGUGUUUUGCAGUUUGUGUUAUUUGUUGACUGACGUGGAGAACAGGCCUGUCCGUUUUGAGUGGUUUCAAUAAAGCCGGUGUUGAAGGAUGGCCGACCAGGAGUUGGGGAGUCAGAUUGAAGCACAAUUUAAUGAUGUUGUGAGGAGAUUACAGAGCAAGCAUCUAUUUCAGUCUAACUGGGACAUCGCCACUUUUGCCAUUUUCUUUAUUUUCAUUGGUGCCGUGUUGGCUCUGACUCUCUUGGUCCUAAUUCGCUGCUGUUGGGGCUGUUGCUUUUCUUCCUCACCAAGCAAGAAGCAUGGAAAGCACAAGGUGGGAGUUGACAACUUGGCACUGGAACCUUAGAACCUGGAUCGGACUUCCAGCCAGGGGCCAGAUCAAUAAGCAAUAUUCUUCACUGCGCACAUGCGUUUAUCGAGUCCUGUGCAAAUUUUCCACAUCAGUUAUUUUGACAGGCACCUUUUCUGAAUCAUAUCCAAAUGUGAAAUCUAUUAUCUUUACCAGCCUCCCAUCAAUUUGGUAUUAAUGGCUUAACACAACUUUUUAUUUGCUGUUUGUACUUAUUGCAUAUUUAAUCAUUAAAAGUAAAAAUGGCUGAUAGUAUUUUUUUUAAAGAAUUCUGCUUUGUAAAGUAAAAAUCAGUUUGAGUACAAUGGAGCUUUUCAAUUGUGACUUGAAGCAGUACUGUGUUUUGACUUGUUCCACAGCAGUCAAACUAAUUUACUAUUCUUUACUGCUAGUUUAUUGUCUAGAAAAAGACCAUAUGGUACAGAGUUAUAGCAUAUGUGCAACUUUGGAACUCUCGUGUGGCACUGAACUUUGCGUAUUGUGUUCAUAAAGUGCAGAUAAGUUUAAGGUAGGUUGGUGCUUCAAGAUUCUGUCAGGUGCUGCUUGCAUACAAUUCACUGGUGCAGAGAAAUCACAACAGAAUCACGGUGUAGGUCACCAAUAUUGAUACUCAAAACUUUUAAACAGCUUAUUGUGUGUGCAAAUAACGUCACUCUAUCAUCCAUUGAUCUCAUGUCACGGUUCAGUUAUACCAAUGAAACUUUCAUCUAUUUUGCAGGCAUGAACUUAACUGAGGUGUAAGAUUAUAACUAAUUAGCUGCUUUCAAUUUAGCCAAGUACUAACUCUCAAAGUGCAUUGUAUGAUUUUUGAUCAUGCUUUAUAGCAGAGAUACUGACUAACACAAGUUACAGCUGUACUAAACUAACAAACUUGUUGCUAUGAGCUACAGCAUCUCCCCUUUCUCUGGCAAUUCUAGUCAUGAAAAAACUCUGACAAGAGCCACGUGUUUGUGGUGCAGUUAAUGGAGAAUAACGCAUUUGAGAAUUGAUGCACUAUCAAGCAGGUGACCUGUUCCUAUAUCUUCACCAGUACCUUAACAACCAGCUCGGGCUAAUGAAAGAUGAUCCGAAAAAUGAUGUACUUUUUAAGGGAAGCAGCUACCCAACCUUAGUUGUAUGUUAACCAAGAUUCAAAAUUUAAUAGUGCUGGGCUGGAGGUGUACAGUAUGUUGAUACUCAAGCUGUAUCAGGUGUAAUGGGAUUUAUUUCUGAAUAUUUGUUUUAAUUGUGCUAAAUUAUUUUGCUGAAAUUCUAAUUAGUGUAUUCUUUUCAUUCCCAGUAGGAUUGUACUAAAAUAAACUGAUGUAUCACA